UUAAAAAUUGCUCUCAUUCAGACAUUUUAGUUCGUUUUCAUCAUUCCUCGUAGACAGUUGUAUUUUUGUUUUUAUUUGUAUUUUAUUUUAUUGCAAAAUGCAAUACAUUAUUUUACUGUUUCUAGUGGCGACGGCAAGAAAAGCUUCAUGUUUACAACUAGACGGCAAACUUGAAAAUGAAGACUGCAGUAGCUAUAUAUGCGAAUCAGUUAGGAUGAUCCUACAAUAUAUGGUCACUAUGGAUGAAAGAAUAAAAAAAAUAGAGAGAUAUUCAAGUGAAUUUGAAAAUGCUAAAAAAGAGCUAGCUGACGUUAAGGAACAUCAGAACGUUCUGAUAACAGGUUUAAGAAAAGAUCUAAAUUCUGAAAUAGAUAAAAUUCGGAAAAUUAACGAAACAGUAAUAGCUGACGUUAAGGAACAUCAGAACUUUAUGAUAACAGGAUUAAAAAAAGAACUAAAUUCUGAAAUAGAUAAAAUUCGGAAAAUUAACGAAACAGUAAUAGGUCUGGCCUAUAAAAAAAUUGGAUCCAAGUCUUAUUUCAUUGUGGAUACCGAAAAGAGAAGCUGGAAUGAUUCUCGGGAAUUCUGCCAUAACCUGGGAGGGCACCUAGUUAGUUUGCAAAGUCAGUCGGAGUUGGAUGCUCUUGGUCGCGAAUUGAAGGAUCAACUGUACUGGACUGAUGUCCAUGAUUUUUCGAAUGAAGGAGAAUUUCUUUCUGAUACUACUGGUCAAAAACCCAAUUUUUUUAACUGGAGACAGAAUCCAGACAAUUGGAACAACGAAGACUGCGUUGAGAUUGGAGGGUAUCCCAACUUCUGGGCCAUGAACGAUAACGAAUGUUCGACUCUUCUUAACUUUAUUUGUGAAAAAUAACUUUACAAAAAGACUAAAUAAGAAGUUAUAUUUAAUAGAAUUACUGAGGAUUGGAACAUUUUCGUAUAUAAUUAAAACUACGCAGUAAAAGAAAAACGGGACAACCAAUAAAUUGACUUAUUCUAAGUCCAAAACUUUUUUAAUUUUAAUAAAAAUUUUAAAUAGCGUGCA